AUGGCUUCCAAGAGAAGAUCUUGUAAAAAUAAACCCGACGUAUUUUGCUAUAUCUGCGGUGAAUACACACUUGUUCAUAACAGGAAUCAAGUCACAUGUUUCAUAAAGCGUGCUUACCAUGCUUAUUUUGGUAUUAAACUUGGUGACCAGGAUAAAGAUUGGGCGCCACACAUGGUAUGCAAGGCUUGCACCGUGUAUCUGCGUCAGUGGACCAAGGGCAAGAAGACGUGUCUGAAGUUUGGAAUUCCCAUGGUUUGGCGGGAGCAGAGAAACCAUGACACUGACUGCUACUUUAGCAUCGAUCUGACUGGGAUAAACAGAAAGAACCGAAGCAGCCUCGAGUAUCCUGAUUUGCAAUCCGCACGUCGUCCUGUAGCUCAUUGUGAUGAUAUUCCAGUACCUGUGUUUCACAAACUUCAAGACAUCAGUGAUGACGAAUCCUCCAGUGAUGAAGAUCAGGAAACAGAAGAAGAAUGGCCAGUUGUUGACGAUGAAACUCCACAGCUUUUUUCCCAACAGGAGCUAAAUGAUCUAGUUCGCGACCUCAGCUUGUCAAAGGCCUCUGCUGAACUGCAUCAAGAGUACCUCCAAUUUUUCUCGGAGGUGCAGGACUUGGUGUACUGCACAGAUAUUGCAAAGCUUCUGCACCACCUAGGAGUGCCGCAGUACAAGCCCGAAGACUGGAGACUGUUCAUUGACAGCAGCAAGCGGUCACUGAAAUGUGUUCUACUGCACAACGGCAACCAGUUUGCCUCUGUGCCCCUUGCUCACUCUACUAAACUGAAGGAGAAGUAUGAAGCGGUGAAGUAUGUGCUGGAGAUGAUUCGUUAUGAUCAGCAUAAGUGGGUUAUUUGUGUCGACCUGAAGAUGGUGAAUUUUUUGUUGGGGCAACAAUCCGGGUUCACCAAAUACCCAUGUUUUCUGUGCAUGUGGGACAGUAGGGACACUGCUCACCAUUACACGAAGAAGGACUGGCCUGUGCGAGAGGAACUAGUGCCUUGCAGAGCAAGUAACGUUAUCAACAGCCCUCUGGUGGACAGAGACAGGAUACUCUUCCCACCACUGCACAUCAAGCUUGGCUUGAUCAAGCAGUUCACAAAAGCUCUAGACAAGGAAGGUGGCUGCUUCAAUUACAUGUGCCAGAUAUUUUCGGGAGUAACCAUAGUGAAGUUAAAAGCUUGUAUCUUUGACGGUCCUCAAAUCCGUCGGCUCAUCAGAGAUCCAGAGUUUGAAAAGUCAAUGAACAAAGCCAGAAACUAUGCUGAACUUGUCAACAAUAUGGUGACUGCUUUCAAAAAACUCGGAUGCAACAUGAGCAUCAAACUGCAUUAUCUAUUUUCACAUAUGGAUCGUUUUCCUGAGAAUCUUGGAUCAAUGAGCGACGAGCAGGGAGAGAGAUUCCACCAGGAGAUGAAGGAGAUGGAGACCAGGUAUCAGGGACGUUGGAAUGCCGUCAUGAUGGCUGAUUACUGCUGGACUCUAAAGAGAGACAUCCCUGAUGCUGAGCAUUCCAGGGUAUCCAAUAAACGGAAGUUCCAGCCCUAA